AUGGACGCCGUCAAGUAAGUUCUUUGUUUAUUUUAUGCACCUUGAAGUUGGGCGGAUGCAAAAAAUGUUUGUUUGAACUGAAAAGCGAAUGCGUUUGGUCUAAACGUCUGGUUUAUGAAAAGCCACGGGCAUUGUGGAAGUUGAAAAGAACGGAAAAGGGGGUUUUAGACGGGGUUUUUUUGGAAUUUGAGAGGAUUUCCAGAAAAUCCGUCAUGAUGACGCAUUUAAUUUGUGAAGAUAGUAAAGUUCUGGUAAUAAAAUAUAGUUUAGCAGUAAGAUUGGAGGGCAUGAAAAAAAAUUUGAAGCUUUUAUAACAGUUUUUUAUUAAAAUUUAGUCAUCAAAAUGACGGAUUUUUUGGAAAUCCAGCGGAUUUUCAAAAUUGAAAAAUUUUGAGCGUGCAAAAAAUUUACUACACUAUAUUUAUGACCCUGAGAUAUGGUUUUUACCUUUAGAACCAUCCCAACUCACACCAUUAAAUGUGUCAUCAUGACAUAUUUUCUGGAAACUUUUUGUAAAUCUCUGAUUUAACUAGAAGUGAAGUUAAAAUUAUGUUUGUCGCAUAAAAAGUCCACUGUAAUACUAUUGAAUCGUGGUUUGAGUUGUUGCGAAACUUUAACGACGCACUUUUAGAACUCCAAAAAGUCAUCAAAAAGUAAAAUCGCCUUAUCAGCGUGCGCUUUUACGAUGUUCGCUUAUCGAAACGGGGGAUUCUCCUCGCGUGUUUCGGGGGGUUUUUAAUCGGCACGAGGAGGGGUUUUGUGAUCUUAUGACUUGGUUCGUUUAAAAAAUUAAAAAAAAAUUUUUUAACCUCAGGGUAAGAAAAUUUUAAGUCCAAAACAAACGGUUUUAAGCCCCGAAAAUCAAUUUUUAUCUGGUCUUUGGAAAAAAAACAUAAUUUAUUUUUUGAUUUUUAGUCAUUUAUUUUGUUAAUACCCCCAAAAUUUUCAAUUUUUUUAAAAAUUUGUUGAAAUAACCAACAAAAUAUGCAAGUCAAUAGCAAGAUGGAACCAAAACCAAUCUUACUGAUCCUCCCACCACUUGUUGUCUCCAAAUGCCAGCUGUCCCUUUCGGCGUUCGAGUUUUUUGGCCAUCAAGUGUUGGGUUUUGUCUCCUUAUCUACGUCUUCGGGGAGCCGGUCAAGCCCGGAGGGGCUGUUUGAUAAGAAGAAGAGCGAAAUCGUUUGCAUUGCGAUUUGAACUGUAGUUUAUGAGGGGUAACGCUUGGUUGGUAGGGCAAAUUUUCGAUCUUCUCUUUGGAAUUUUUGAGUUGAAGCUUGUGGAAUUUCCAGAAAAUCCGUCAUCAUAGCAUACUUGUUUGAAAAAAAUUUUAGUCAGUUUUUAAAAUAAAGCACAUUUGCUUACUUUGUAACUCAAUUUCCCUUCAAAAAUUGGAAUUUUAGGCCAUUUUACAGGUAAUUUCCAAAAAAUCCGUCAUAAUGACGUCUUUUGUACUGAAUUAAAAUAUGAUUUUUGAUAUGAACAUCAAUUUAUAGUGUCAUAAGCACUCUACUAAAAAAUUUUCAGACCUAUGACUUGUUUAAUUCAAUCAUUAAUGACGUCGGGAUGACGGAUUUUUUGGAAUUUUUUUAAAACUUGCAAAAAUGCUUACUUUUCGGGUUUGCUUGUUUUCUUAAACCCGUCGGUAUACUGUAUAUUUACAAUCAAAGUUGUUUAUCAAAAAUUUUUUUCAACAUGUUGCUCCAUAAAUAACACUAUUGUAAUUUCUCCCCCAAACUUUUAACCCCGUCUUAUUUGUAGGGCGUGUUUUUGAAAGCCAUGUGUGUAACAGAGAGCCUUUAUAUAAAGCGGCCUUCUUCGGAAAUUGUAGAUCAAUCGGCGAUCAAUUAUCUUUUUCUUCUUUCGGAAACGGGGCGGAGUCGCAUUACGAUUAUGCAAAUAACAUGUUUUUUCCUGUGCAAGAAUGAGGCUGGACGCGAAAAGAUGUGGGUUGGAGGGGCUAGGAAUAGAUUAGGGGCCCCGGGUUAGCAAGCUUGACAUUUUGCACACUUGAAACACACGUUUUUAUAUUAUACUAGACACUUUGAUGUUAUGCUAGAAAAAAUACAUAAGGAGGCUUCUGAUGAAAAUAUUUUGGUCCUAAAAAAUUACUACGUUUAUUUUAAAUCAAACUUUGAAUCAUAGAACUAUUAAAAUUUCAAAAAUUGAACUUCCCGCCAAUUUUGGCAUUCUGUUGUAAGCGUCGCUAUUUACUCAAAAAUCAUUUUAAUGUCAAAACAACUUGUUAGAUCUAGUCUUUUAUCGUUUUCAACUCAAAUUUACCUUCAGUUCAAAUCUUACGACCCCUUUUUAUAUUAUCCAUGACCUUUUCGAAGUUUCCAGACCCAACUUUAGAAUUCGUCAUUCCGAUUUUUGAUAUCGCAAUUUUUCUCUGUUAUCACCGAUACGUUCGCUAGAUCUGCCGCGAAUUUUCUGCAAGAGAGGAAAGGCAGGGCUUUCUUUUUUUUGCUGACAAAAUCCAAGGAAGGGAUGGGCCCGGCUUUACUAAACCUUCGCUUGUGUUUUCUCCAAUUUCUCAUGAGUAAAGCGAGGCCGAGCACAGGGGGUUUUGAGGGGUAAAGUUUGCAAAGAAACGAACGGAAGAACGGAUUUUCUCUUGGAUCUAAGGUGAACUGAAAUUUUUGAUAUUAGAUGUCUAAAAUAAGGUAGUUUUAGUGUGUGGAGCGUUUUAUAUCGUAUGCAACCAAUUUAUUGAUUCUGCAAGUGACAUAUAAUAUCCAUUUCUGUCUUUCGAAGCGACAGUUUCCCGCAUUUUUUGAAAUAUUCUAGAAAAUCCGUCAUGAUGACACAUUUAGUUAACGAGUUUCGGUCGAUUAGGUUACUGAAUUCAAGUUGAUAAGUAAAAUACGGUAUAUGGACAUGCGUCCGCGGUAAUAGAACUUUCACUACCUCGAUAUAUAGAUAGGUGGAUGACGGAUUUUCUGGAAUUUUACAAUUUUUGACGAUUUCUUGUAUUUUCGCAAAAUUUUUAUGUCGAUUUUGGACAAUUUUCGAUUGAUAGGGCGUUCUACCUCAUCAGACACAAUUUCUAGCUUCUUUUUUAUUUUUUGACAUCAAAUUUAUAUUAUUUUAGCCAUCCAAAACCACCUCCUUUCCCAAGUCAAUUCCCACCCCCAUUUUUGCACAAUACAAUACGUUCCCACUUCUCCGAAAACUUUUGUAGUCUUCCCGGACUUUAAAACUUCCCAAUUCUUUUCAAAUCGGGACGCGUCCCCGACCGGAAAUGGCCCACAUUUUUCUUGGGGUCCAGACGGACGAAAGGGCGCCAAAGGGAUGGGAUCCCCGGCGAAACAUCGUCCGAAAACCAUCGUUCAUCGAUCGCGACUUCUCUUUGAUUCAUUUGGGGGUGAUGCAUGUGGUGGGGAGAGCGGAUUUCUGAUCUGGGGAUCUGAUAUUAUACUUGAUGUCAAAUGUAUGUAACAUUGGCUGGGCAAGUGCGUAAAAGUGGGGUGCAAUCUGUUCUUUGCGACUUAUAAUGACGUUUGUUGGCAAUCGGCAUCAAAUUUUUGAUAAUUUGAGGGCUAAUUUGGCUUAUAUUACACUUGAGGUCUAGUGUAAUAUAUUACCUAUUUCUGGUAUUAAAAAUCAUUUGAUAAUGCUGUAAAUCGUUCGGUAGAAGCAAAUCAUACUCUGUGUUUUAUUUUGAAUCGGUUUGAGGGUUCUUUUGUCUAUUUUUGCCUUCUUCUGCCUACUUUAAUAUAAUCGCCAUCAAAUUUUUGAUGAUUUUUCGCAAAAAAUCAUUUAACAUUGAUGUAAAACUAAGCCAUACCCAUCUAACUCUCGAUGCAUUUCAGUUUCGCCACCAUUACGUCCUCAGCAGUGAUCAUUCCGUCGACGGCGACGCCGUUGGACGCCGCGCAAGCCAUCGCUUUGAACAACAACAACAACAAGGCGGGUCGCCGAUGGAAAUCCAAGAACGGAGAGCGCCUGCGGGACGCUCGCGGCUACCGACUACGUGCCGCCGGGAUUUGUGCUCGCCGAAACGAGGCCGGAGAGUGGGAGUUGUUGCUGGUCUCGGCCCAACGAGGACCCCAUCGUUGGGUGAUCCCGGGCGGAGGCAUUGAAUUGGGCGAACAAAUGGACGAGGCAGUGCUCAGAGAGGUCGAGGAGGAGGCCGGAGUCAGAUGCGAGGUGCUGGAGACGUUAGGAGAGUUCAAGGUGAGAAAAACUUAAAUUUUUUUUUGGCUUUGGUUAUCUAGUAUAAUAUAGGAAAAAAUGGUAGUUUUGGUGUCUAAAUCUCGGAAAUUCAGACACCUUUAGGCUUAAAAAGGAGUAGGGAGCAAUUUGAAAUGUAAAAUACGGAAAGAUCAUCCAUUUUUUCAUGAUUUUUAGACAAAAAAAAAUAAUUUAUAAAAAACCUCGCCUUACUUUUGCCAAAAAUUCAAUUUUUGAAUCGAAAAAGGUCAAAAUUAAUUUAAUCCCCGUACUUUACAUACCCAACCUUCUCUCUUCUUUCAUUUUCAACCAUUUCCCACCCCGUAAACCACCAAAAUCCACAAAAAAUCCAUCUUUUUUAUACAAACAUGAAUAAUAUCACAUGAAAUGUCAAUUGACCCGGGUUUUAAUCACCGAACCUACUCUAAAUCAAAAAAUUACUAUCUAUUACAUUUCUGCUACUUGUUAGACACCAUAACAAAAUUAGAAUUUUGAAUUCCGAUAUUACACUAGACAAAAUAGGAUAAAAAUCUCUUAAAACCCGUAAAAACAAGAAAAUUUCAGGACGACGAUCGCCUCCACCGGACAACAUUAUUCCUGCUUCGUUCUGUCGAAGCGUUAGACGAAUGGGAAGACGGCAGGAGUGGGAGACUACGCAGAUGGGCAGGUUUACGGGACUCUUUGGAGCUGGUGAAGCCAUCCCAGCGGAUCAUGUUGGAGCUGAGUGCACGGCGGAUGUAAGUAAUUGUUGAGAAAGCCAUUUUCUGAAAAUUUCAGUUGUAUUGGACCGGGGAAUUAG